AGAAGUGGCUCCCUGUCUGGAAUGUCAGCAACUGCUCGUCUGUUCUUUUGAACAAUUCUUAUGUAUUCACCCAUUCUCCCCUUCUUCCACCUCUGUGCAUGUUGGGACAGUCAUUAUGCUGAGCGGAAAGGAAAGAGUUAACCUGAUAAUAGUUUAUAUUCUGUUAAUCAGUGAGUGCAGAGGCUGUUUUUGGACUUCGGGCACAAGACUAAAUUCUUUCUGUGCACUUUAUUUACCCCCUUGGUCUCAGACUCCUGCUCACUUCUAUCUUGCGUGCCUUUCAUUUACCUUUGGCAAAAUUUACAUGGCCAUUGAGCUCUGGCUGCUUUUAUCUAUACAGCCCUCUGCAGGUCAUUGGUUUCCCGGCACUUCAGCUGCACGUGAGUGGAACAGCAAUGAGAGCCAGUCAGGAAGACUUUGAAAAUGCAAUGAAUCAGGUGAAACUGUUGAAGAAGGAUCCAGGAAAUGAAGUGAAGCUAAAACUCUAUGCACUAUACAAGCAGGCCACUGAAGGACCUUGUAAUAUUCCCAAACCAGGUGUAUUUGACUUGAUCAAUAAGGCCAAAUGGGACGCAUGGAAUGUUCUUGGCAGUCUGCCCAAGGAAACUGCCAGGCAAAACUAUGUGGAUUUGGUGUCCAGUUUGAGUUCUUCAUCCAAGUCAUCUAGCCAAGUGAAGCCUGGAACAGACAGGGAACGACAGGGAUAUGAAAACCUAGUGGUGACCUCUGAAGACAGCAUCACAAAGAUCAUGCUGAACCGGCCCACCAAAAAGAAUGCAAUCAGCACUCAGAUGUAUCACGAAAUCAUGCUUGCACUUAAAGCUGCAAGCAAGGAUGACUCAACCAUUACUGUUUUAACAGGAAAUGGUGACUAUUACUGUAGUGGGAAUGAUCUGACUAACUACACUGAUAUUCCCCCUGGAGGAGUAGAAGAGAAAGCUAAAAAUAGUGCUAUUAUGCUAAGGGAUUUUGUAGGCUGUUUUAUAGAUUUCCCUAAGCCUCUGAUUGCAGUGGUAAAUGGUCCAGCUGUGGGAAUCGCAGUCACCACUCUCGGGCUAUUUGAUGUCGUGUAUGCAUCUGACAAGGUAAGUGAGGUCCUAGAAACUUAGGAAGUCAUGCAAGUG